UUUACGUCGUGCAUUGGACGUGCCUUCACAAGCACUGCUGCCAACAGAAUUUUCUGAUUUCUUUUUCUGUUAACAUUCGGUGCAACAGCAUGGAGAAAUCGGCUCAGUCUAUUAAAACCAAGCCUUGUAGUAAAGAUACUAAAGGUGUGUCUAGAAAGCAAAUGUUACGGGGCAAAAAUAUUCCUAAAAAGAAGAAGGAGUAUCUGCGUUUUGGCGUCGACUGCACCAACAUUGCAGAAGACAACAUAAUGGAUGUUGCUGAUUUUGAGAAGUACCUUAAAGAACGCUUCAAAGUCAACGGAAAGGUCGGAAAUCUUGGAAAUAGCGUAAGUUUGGAGCGUCAAAAAAUGAAAGUUUAUAUUAACUCGGAUAUACAUUACUCCAAACGCUACUUAAAGUAUUUGACUAAAAAAUACUUGAAAAAAAAUAGCUUGCGUGAUUGGAUUCGUGUAGUGUCUAACGAUAAAGAUCUAUAUGAGCUGCGUUACUUCAGAAUAAGCUCAAAUGACGACGAAGAAGAAGAUAACGAGUAAUAUUUUAUUUUGAUUCUGCAAAAAUUUCAAUAAAAUUUGGAAUUAAA